AUGAGCAGCACGGAAAUGCAAUUGUGCGGCGUCGUUAAGAUGUUGACGAACGAGAACAUCAAGCGGCAAGGUGCCAAGACUGCGGUGGUGAAGACUGAAGAAGUGAUUAAGGCCUUCAGUACUGAGCGCGAGGUUCGUUAA